AUGAAACAAGUUUGCAAUUUAUACUAAUAGGGGAGGUGUGAAAAAGGGAAGAAGUGCAAAUACAAACAUAUGGAGUAGAAGGCUGAAAAACCAAUUGAAUAAGAGCAGAAAUAAGUAAAGAUGUAAAUGGUGGGCCCAAAAGUGCACCAUAUAAAAAUAUUUAAAUGGGCUGAUUUAUCAAAGUUGGCAGACGCAUAGGAAAUAUUUCAGCAUAAUUAAGAGUUAUUGGGAGGAGAUUUCUUUAAGAUUGCAAAAGAAAUUAAGACUGAUAUGGAAAGGGACUUUUUGCAAUUUUUUCGAAAAUUUUAACAGAGCAUGAAAUUCUUGCCAUAACCUUAAUGCAAAUUAUUAGAUUAUUUAAGAAACUAAAAUGAAUUUCAAGUCAUCUUUAGAUUAGCGCCGUCGAUUGAUCGGAAAGAAUUAGAAUUUAAGGAAUAAGUCAAAGAAAGAUAUUUUGAAAUUCUCAUAUAAAUAGAUAAGAAUUAUCCGAAAUCAUCAGUUAUCAUUUUGAAUUAAUCUCUAUCUGAAUAAUUUAAGGAGAUACUGUAAAAUAGGAUAAGCGAUCAAAUCUUUGAAAAAAAAGGAUUGUUUCAAGGGUUGAGAUAUAUCGAAACUCAUUUUGACGAGAUUGUUUUAGGCUUAUGA